ACGUGUUGCCAUUGCGCAAGUCUCGCGUGAUGAGAUUUGCGGCGACGGGAUUAUGUGAGAGACAGGAGUAGGAAGCGUACAGCUGUGAGAGAUGUAAAUAGCGAUCCGGGACAGCGGGUUAGGGAAAGCGGAAGUGUUGGACUAUGGACGCUGUACUUGUAUAUGGAUUACAGGCUAAUGUUUGAACUCAUUCGUCCAGCCCUACUCAAUCCUCACACUGUUGUACUCGGACGAAAAACUUGCUGCACAGAAAGCUGUGUGGGGAAAAGAGGGCGCUGGCACCAUAGCAACUGCCUCUCUCUUCGGAAGUCUGCAGCUCACUGGAAGUAGGAGGCCGGGAAUACAAAAUGCAGGCAGCGGAGAGAGAUGCAUCGUCUCUGGCGGGUUCCAGCUGGUCGGAGGGAAGCCCAACAAUGACAGAAUCACACUCGGAGUCUCCACAAAGCACCACCAAAUCACGGGCAUUUGACCUCUUCAACCUGGUAGUCUCCUAUAAGAGAAUAGAAAUAUAUUUGGAGCCUAUUAAAGAUUCAUGGGAAGGAAUCAAAUAUCUACUGAGGUGGCAGAUGCCCCUUUGCUCAGUUUUUACCUGCAUCACACUAAAUAUUUUUCUGCUAACCCUAAAUGAAGUGGCUUGGUUCUCUGUGGGUGCCCUAUUCAUCUCAAUACCGGCUUUAAUUGGAUACCUCCAGGAGAUGUCCAAAAUCCACAUUCCUGAGCCUGAACUCGCCCGAAGAAAAUAUUACAGUGUACGGCGGGAAGAGCUACAGAAAGUUAAGCUUUCUCGCCAAGAAGCGGUGGCAGAGUUUAAAAGUUUUUUAAUUCACUUGGAGAGCAUACUGAAUUUGAUUUGUGGCAGUUGCGAACGAGUCUAUCAAGUCCUCUACUGGCAGAAUCCUGCUGCCUCGUUUCAGUUCUAUGGAUUGCUGCUAGGUGCAGUAUGCAUUCUUUAUCUCCUGCCCUUGUACUUGAUUUUGGCCAUUGUGAAUAGCACCUUAUUUAUAAAGAACUCCGACUUCUACAGAGUUGUUGCCGAGUGCAAAGCAUCCUUGCAGCAGAAAGGCAGCACUGAGAGCAGCUCUAUAGGACCAGCUCCAUCUUGUCAAGAAGUAGAAAAUGGCUCAAUUUUGGAUCAAACUCCUACUCCAGUACCAACCAGUUCUGAGUUCUCCUCCUGCUUGGACGAGUUCACAAGCCAUAAACUGAGCUUCACUUGCACUGCAUCCCAUGAUCCCAGCCUUGCCAUGGAUCUUUCUCCCGGGAGUGUGGAAGAGGCAGAGGAGGCUGAACCAGAUGAAGAAUUUAAAGAUGCAAUAGAGGAACAACAGCUAAUGACAAUGGACGAGGAUGAUGUGUCCCAGUGCAGUGCUGGAUAUGAUAGCCUCCAAGACAACGGUUUUCUCAGCAAGAAUGAAGUCAUCAAAAGCAAAGUGUCUAAAUUCACCGAAAAGCUGCGGAAACGAUAUCCCACCAAUAACUUGGGUACAUGCACUGGAUGCAAUGCUACAUUUUCAGUACUAACACGGAAGAGGUACCUGAAAUGACAGAGCAUGUGGGGGGCUCUUCAAAGCUGCAAAAAGACCCAAAGUCUUGAAAAGACACGAAGUUGAAGUCCUGAAGCCGUGAAAGGACCCAAAGUAAGGAAAGGAGUCUAAGGAACAUGGGGAUCUGGUCUUUUUUCCAUGCCUAGCAGUUGCCUCGAUUGAAGAUUCUGGAGCCCAAAAGCAGUUUCGUAUCCCUUAUGUUCAAUCCCAGUACCUGAAAUCACAGACCAAAGCUGCAAAAAGACCCAAAGUCAUGAAAAGACCUGAAGUUGAAGUCCUGAAGCCUCGAAAUGACCCAAAGUAAGGAAAGGAGUCUAAGGAGCAUGGGGAUCUGGUCUUUUUCCAUGCCUAGAAGGUGCCUCGAUUGAAGAUUCUGGAGCCCAAAAGCAGUUUCGUAUCCCUUAUGUUCAAUCCCAGUACCUGAAAUCACAGACCAAAGCUGCAAAAAGACCCAAAGUCAUGAAAAGACCUGAAGUUGAAGUCCUGAAGCCUCGAAAUGACCCAAAGUAAGGAAAGGAGUCUAAGGAGCAUGGGGAUCUGGUCUUUUUCCAUGCCUAGAAGGUGCCUCGAUUGAAGAUUCUGGAGCCCAAAAGCAGUUUCGUAUCCCUUAUGUUCAAUCCCAGUACCUGAAAUCACAGACCAAAGCUGCAAAAAGACCCAAAGUCAUGAAAAGACCUGAAGUUGAAGUCCUGAAGCCUCGAAAUGACCCAAAGUAAGGAAAGGAGUCUAAGGAAUCCCCCACCCAAAAAGGAUGUCUCGUAACCUGGAGAGAGUGGUAACCAAAAAACAAACAGUGCAAAGAAUUCACGCGGAAUUUCACCUGACGAACGGGGAACGCCCUCCGAAACGUUGUUUGAUGCAAUAAACACACCAGGGGUAGGACCCCGGUUUAAAUCGC